AUGUCUAGUAAAAAGUGUUGUGUUCCCGGCUGCAUGGACUCUGGAAAGUCACACAAGACACUUCAUUUAUUUCCAAAUCCAGUUGAGACUGACCGCUUUAAAGAGUGGGUUUUAUCUAUUGGAGGGGAUAUUCUUGGUUUGAAUAAUGAGUACAUUUUUAAACAACGUCGUGUUUGUCAUGCUCACUUUGAAGAGAAAUAUUGCUGCCGAAAUAACAGAAUAAGCAAUAUUGCAGUGCCAACAAUAAAUUUGCCAAAAUCAAUAUCUCUCCCAAUAUUUACACUCUCUGAAAGAAGGCCACUUAGGCAAUUAGAGUAUUCUUCCAAACCUGUACCAUCAACCUCAUCAGAUUGUGCUGCUGGUUUUACCACUACAUUUUUUGAAACUGAUUUUACAGAAAAAGAAAAUAUUGAGCCUAUGACCAAUAUCCAGUUACAUUCUCAUAAGGAAAAUGAAGUGGUUCUUGCAAGAAAAGAGAUUAAGCAAUUAAGUAAAGAGUGCCGUACACCCUCACUUGCUGUCACUCAGAAAAUUAAGAAAACCAUUGCAACUACUCAUGCCGAAAAGAAAUUGUACUUGAAGCUGGUACAGAUCCCUAAGAUGAAGGUAAAAUAUGCAAGUCAAAUUUUUAGUCGUACUGUGGCAUCUAAUAUGGGAUAUCUUGCAGAAAAAGGCAUUCUUCCCAAAGAAUGUGAGGAAACUGCUGAAGUACUCCUCUUCUUUGACAAACAAGUGCAAUUAGUUUAA